GAUGCAAAAUGGCGACUUUCGCUAUCACUGAUAUUGUUCUGCUCUCAAGUCGCAGCCCCUUAUGUUAAAUAUGCGGGUGGGAUUUGAAACUACCAAGAAAGAGAGUACAUCAUCUGGGAAUUCGUUGUCUUGAAUUCAAGUGACAUAAAAAAAUGGCGGAAAUAUUUCGCUCUGCAUUGAACUACAUCAGCCAAACAGGGAAAUCCGGCAAUGAUUUUGUAGGACAGUACGUCGAGUUAGGACCCGUACAACUUAGAGUUCGACGCGUUAUCGCAGAAGGAGGGUACGGGUUUGUUUUUGUUGCGCAGGACACGUCGACCGGAAAAGAAUAUGCCCUUAAGCGACUUAUGGCGGGUGAUGAUGCAGCAAAUAAAUCCAUUCUGAAUGAAAUUACAAUUCUUAAACGCCUCCGUGGGCAUCCUAAUAUAGUACAGUUCUAUUCUGCUGCUUCACUGAGUGAGAAGGAAACUGACCAUGGAAUGUCUGAAUAUCUUAUCUUAACCGAGCUCUGUAGUGGAGGGGAGUUGAUUAAACUGAUACAGGAAAGAUUUGGUCAGCCGUACCCACCUCAACAGGUACUAAAGAUGUUCUAUCAAACUUGCCGUGCUGUUGCUCACAUGCACAAGCAGACUCCACCAGUUAUACACAGAGAUUUGAAGAUUGAAAAUCUCCUUAUCAGCUCGCGUGGACAAAUUAAGCUUUGUGACUUUGGAAGUUCAACCACUACACAGCAUGCUCCUGACGAGUCCUGGACAGCGCUUCAACGAAGUCUUGUUGAGGAUGAGCUCCAGCGGAACACAACCCCAAUGUAUCGUGCACCAGAAAUGGUUGACUUGUACAGUAACAUGCCAGUCACUGAAAAAGUUGACAUCUGGGCCCUUGGCUGUAUUCUGUUUUUUCUGUGUUUUAUGGAACACCCCUUUGAAGACUCUGCUAAGUUGAGAAUUCUUAAUGCGAAGUACACAAUCCCUGAAAGUGACACCAAGUACACAGUUUUCCAUGAUCUUAUCAGAUAUAUGCUUCAAGUGAACCCUGUUAAUAGACCAGAUAUAAAAGAAGUGCUAACAGGGCUUGAAGCCAUUGCUAUUGCCAUGGAUGUUGAUCUCAAGGGAAAAGUGAAAGAUGACAUGCCUCCAGCUUCAGGUGAAAGAUCCCCUCAAGGAAGUACCAGUUCCCCUCCUGCACCAUCGUCAUCUGGAAAUUCUGCCUUACUUGGUGGAGUUGUGAAAGGUGCUAACAGCCUUUUUAGCAACAUCAAAGACAUGUCCAACAAAGUUAUGCAAUCAGUGGCAGGGUAUGUCAAAAAUGACUUGGACUUGUCAUACAUUACAUCCAAAAUCAUGGUGAUGUCUUUCCCAGCAGAUGGAAUCGAGUCAGCUUAUAAGAACAACAUAGAUGAUGUGCGGGAUUUCUUGGAAGCAAAAUAUGCUGAGAACUACUUAGUAGUCAAUGUAUCACCGAGAACAUACAGAACAGAGAAACUUGGUGACAGGACUGCUUCACAAGAACGUUAUCUACUGUAUGUCACGCAACUGAUCAAUAACCAGGAGUUGAAACCUCACAAGUAUUCAGUCUAUAUCAAGUCUGUUACAGUGCACCCAGUUCCAGCCUUCAAUAAAGCAAGGAACGGUUGUCGUCCAUUUAUUGAGGUAUACCAUGGAGAGCAGAGAGUUCUUACAACAGUUAAAGAGAUUGAAAAGAUGAGGGAGUACACUUUAGGUGAUGGUAAGGUGUCGUUUCCUGUGAAUCUGACUUUACAAGGUGAUGUGACAAUUGUGGUGUAUCAUGGCCGAUCUACCCUGGGAGGGAAGGUUCAAGGAAAAAUGACUUCCAUGAGAGUGUUCAUGUUACAGUUUCACACCGGAUUCAUCAAGACAUCAGCACAGAAACUCAAGUACUCACGAGAUGAGUUGGAUAUCAAUAAAGAUGAUGAAAGUAAGUUCACUACACGGUUUAAUGUAACACUGGAUAUCAGUGUUGACGCUGAGGAAGUCAACAAUGCCACUCACACAUGGGACACACUCAAGGUGGAGAAACUCUUUCCACAAGUUUGCUUUUCUACUAAAGAAGAGUAUCUGGAAUGUCAGGAAGAAUUUGUGAAUGCAGACGAUCGGGAAUCAAACAUGGUGUUCAACAUCAAAUCAAACGAAGUAGAAGAGGAUGGUGAAAAUGAAGUACUUCAGGUUCCAGCUGAGACUGCAGAGUCUGACAACUCAGAUGGAGGAACAGCCAGUAAACCAAACAAAAACUUUCUUUCAGCAAUUAACUGGCAGGAAGGUGAUGUCAAACCAGCAGUGUAUCAUGAAGAUUCCAUUGAUGACAGUGAUGAUGACUUUGAGAACCUGCGCAAUAAGGAUCGUACUAAUGCUGCAAAAUCGACAUCCCAGACUCAUGAUUUCUUCUCUGAGAGAGAAGGUGUUGGGAACAAUGUGGAGGAGGAUUUAGAUUUGUUUAAUUUGAAAUCACCGUCAAAUGGUGAAUUCAGUGAAGACUUGUUUAAUUUCAAGUCUGAUGGUGAUCCUAAUGGCCAUCUGUUUAAUUUGGAGGAUGAUUCUGAUUCGGAUGAACCAGUCUCUGGUGAUUAUUCCUCUAACAAUGUUGACCUGCUCAACUUAGGAACCCAAGGUGUGGGUACAGAGCCCACUUCUAAUAUAGCAGUGGUCGAUGAUAUGGGAGUCGACCUGCUCAAUUUAUCACGCGGUGGGAGUAGGGACAGUCAAAAUGUGGACCUGUUCAGUGGGACAGAAAAAAGCCCUCACCGAACAAUGAAACGAAAUAAGAGUGCUGAUGAUGUGCUAAGUCCAGGGUUUCAUGAAGAUGAAGAGUUUUUCAAUCAGAUGGGAAGUCGAAGUUCAAGUUCGAGCAGGGAGAAUGUGACUUCCUUCACAGUCACUGGUGUAGACUCUCUUGGGGGAAGUGCCAAUAAACCUGCUUCCCCUGACUUAUUUGACCCCUUUAGCUCUAAGAGUCCUAGCGAGAAGCCAUCUAAUGAAUUUGAUCUCUUCGCUGGCAAGCCAGUUGACAGUAAAACUGAAACGUUUGAUCCUUUUGGUGGUAAAUCAGCUCAGGGGAGUGGCAGCACAGAGACAUUUCAGCCAUUUGGUUGUAAAGGCAGUGGAACAAACUUGGCCACAUUUGAUCCAUUUGGAACAAGUUCCUCAGAGGCAAGCAAUGACCUUUUUGGAAUUACCACUUCCCAGGUUCCUAGCACAACAUCCCAGGCCCAGAAAAAGAGUAACACUGACUUAUUUGGGGACUGGGGCAACUCUUCAGCUGCAACACUUCAACCAGCUAGAGUCCCCUCACCCACUCCCCCAAGAAAGCCAAACGGUCCUGCGUCACAGAACAAAGUUAAGGCCGCACCAACUGAUCCUUUCUCUGACUUUGGAAAUUUGAAGUCCAGUUUACCAAAGGCUUCAACAACAGCUACACCUACUUCACACCAAGCCCAGAAGAAGCCUGGGCCUAGUAUUAGUGCCAAUCCUUCUUGGUCUCGCCCAGCUCAGCAACCCUCUUGGCAGUCUGGGGCUAAACCUGGUGGGUCACCUAAAGUUCAAAAGAAGCCAAAUUACACACCUUCUUACUCAACGUCAGGUGGUUCAGGGGUGUUUGGAAACUAUGGACAAAAAUGGAGCGGUGAGUGUAAACAAAUUACCCAAAAUACUUGAGUUAUGAUUCAUCAUGAGAACAAUUUAUUUUAUGGCUUGUGUUUGUAGCCGAUAUAACGUGUACUCUGAUUGACUUAUUCUAGGGCAUGAUUCUCCAGUAAUGCCCACGGGCCGAUUAUGGGCCUACAAAAACAAAGCAAAAGCCAUGUAAUAAACAACUUAUUAACCUCCAGCGUUCGGUCUUUAGGGGAA